GCUGCUGACGCAGCCAGUACUCCAGUACAUUCUUAUAUUCGCAGAUUUCCUCUGUAUUACGCCUCAAGAACCAGCGGAAACCCAUAUACUCAGACCUCCUCUGAGAGACACACCGCCACACGUCAAACACUAGCUACCAAACACGCCACAGAGGUCGGGAGACCAUACAACGAUGGACAGGUUUGUAGUCUCCCCUGCCAGCUCGCCGUCUGCUGCAGACCCCGGCAGUGGUGCUGAUGAUGCAGGGGGUGGGACCGUAGUGUGCGCAUCCACGAAGACACAGCCAGUGACGGCUCAGUCGACCACGGAGGCAGAGUAUAUUGCAGCCGGGGAGUGCGUGAAGGAAGCGUUGUUCGUGCGUGGUGUUCUGUCGUUCAUUGCGCCCGAGACGAGCGGUGCCACGAUCAGGGUCCGUGAGGACAACGAGGGGGCUCUCGCGUUGGUGCAGAACCCUUUCAGCUCGGCGGGGAGCAAGCAUAUCGACGUGCGGUUCCACUUCAUCCGCGAGCUCUUCAAGGCGGGCAAGAUCACCGCAGAUUAUAUCUCGACAGAAGAGCAGCGCGCCGAUAUGCUGACCAAGGUCCUUGGUAGGGGCAAGUUGGAGUACCACCGGAAGGCUCUGAUGAACCUGCCGAUGGCGUACCAGAAUUUUGUUUUGGACCAGAGCCCUGCCAAAAAGCAACGGUCGGAAGCGCCGUUCUGGUUCAAUUUCGCAUCGGGGGAGCAGAAGAGAGACUAUGUGUCCGUCAUGGCGAACAAAGCGAUGACCUUGGAGCAGAUGGACUUGUGCAAAACUCUGAAGGAUGAACUGCAGUCCGUCAACCAGUUCACCGGCCGCGACUCCAUCGAAUUUGCCGACAGAAUCAAGGAUAUUCAGAUGCGCGCCUUGGCGCCCAGCAACAUGUUAGCUGCUGUCCCCAUGGACGCGGACAACUCGAUCGUUGCCGUGGCAAGACCCGUGAACGACAGCAUCGACCCCGAGACGGGGCUGCGCAUCGCUACGGCGACAUGCAGCGAGAGCGUGCGGGGCCCCGAGACGUCGAUUUGCAACGAGGCGGCGAAAAUGGGCUUCAAACUCGGCGAAAAAGCCGGACAGGUGGGCAAAAUGGCAAAGAGCCUGUACCGUAAGCGGCACGGGGUCGCAGCUGCUGCCAACAUCCCCAAGCGACACACUAUUUUCCGGGGAAAGCCCUUCAGCGAAAACACGCACUGGCAACGCGAUGCCGACAUAAUUCAAGAAGCCAUCCGCAUCGUAUGCGGCCUGGAGGACAUUCCUCGGGGAAAGACCGCUCAAACGCUCUUCAAUUUUUUCCCGAGUGCGUGCCAAUCUGAAUGCCAAACUUGCGAGAUGGAAAUGUAG